CCCAUGGAUUGUGCUUCUCUUUUUCUGACAUAUUGUGAAAUUGUUUAAUAAUUAACUGUCUUCUAGGUAAGGCCACUGAAGUAUGAAUCGGCUAAAGUCCGGGAAGCUUCUAAUUUCAUGAGCUCAUCUCCAUGUUCGCUAUUUUCUUACCAUUGUUGCUUAUCUCCGUCCGUUGAUUUUCUUGCCACAGUAUUGCUAAUAUGGACAUGUGCAUUUUAAUGCUGCCAUAACAAAAUGUCACUUCUUUGGUUAUUACCCUACGUAGAAGGUGGAAAUGGCUAGAGGCAUACCAUCUCCAUACAUUUGCGCUCGAUGCGCUCAUGUACUACUUGCUCGAAACGCCCAAAUCCCCGCGAUUAAUCAAUGGAAAAGAUAUGCAUCCAAGUCUACUCAUUCUCCAGCUGGCAGCAGCCCUAGCCACCAAUCUAAUAAUACAGCCGAUGAAGAAACUAAUCCUGAGCUGGGUCCGAUGGCCCGCCGUUUGCAAGAGGCUACGGAGGAGGCGUUGCUCACAGGAGGGAGAGCCGGUCGACGAUCAGUGGAAGAUGCCGGUUUCUCGGACGAAUUAAAAGAACGUCUUUUCGCGAAAGUUAAAGAUGCCGAGUUUCGAUCCGACUAUGCCGCAGCUUUCGCCGAAGCCGACAUGCCAUCCGCUGCUGGCGUGGGCACCCGUCUCGCAGCAACAAGUCAACCGUGGACGGGUACUGAAGCUACCGAAGAUACUGUUUUACGGAUGCUCGACGACGCACAUAAACAUCUAAAGAAAGAUUUACGAGGCCAUCCAAAAUUACCUGACCUCCAACCGAUUGACAUGCGAAUUAGACAGGAACCAAAGAUGAAGGCCGGACACAGGGCUGCCAACGCUAGGGAUAAGGCUUCUGUAUACACAGGUAUGGGUAUGAAAGAGGCACGAGGAGGCCUCAGCGAGAAAGAGAGGGAGGCAAUGAGGAAGGAAUUCCGCGAUCGCUUUAGACCCGCCGCCCGAGCACUACCGAAUACCUUGACAGGACUAGCUUCGUUAGCAAACGAGAGAAUCGAAGAUGCUAUCGCGAGAGGACAGUUCAAGAACAUUCCGAGGGGCAAGGGAGUCGAACGAGAUACGAGAAGUGAUAAUCCGUUCAUAGAUACAACCGAGUACAUUAUGAACAAGAUGAUCAAGCGUCAAGAGAUAGUACCACCGUGGAUUGAGAAGCAGCAGGAAUUAUCGAAAGCCGCGCACGUGUUCCGGGCUCGGCUGCGGAAUGAUUGGAGACGUCAUGCUUCCCGGAUGAUUGCGAGUAAAGGCGGCUCACUCGAAGAUCAGAUGAAUCGGGCAAGACAAUAUGCGAAAGCCGAAGAAGUGCACAAUCCACGAAAGCGCAACGUCGAGCAGAUAGCGGUACCUACAAAUUCGACAGACGACCCAAUCAUGGCCAAAAUGAGACAACAAACAUUCUUGGACACGAAUCCCGAACCGGCGCCGGAGGCUGCCGUUAGUGUGGCGACAACUCAGGAAAUUCCAUUGCCACCCUUCCGAGAUCCCGACUGGCUAGCUACGGAACAAUCUUACAUGAACCUUUCCAUUAGCCAUCUGAACACUCUUACGCGAUCUUAUAACUUGAUGGCGCCUGAACUCGCAAAGAAGCCGUAUUUCUCACUCGAACGAGAGUUGAAUAACUGCUAUGCGGAUGUUGCGCCGCAACUUGCAGAUGCAAUAAAGGACAGAGCCAGUGGCCCGGCGAGAGCUCUAUCAGACGGGGUUGGAAAUAGUCCUAGUAGUAUCUUAGAUCGCUUCGGGAAAGGUGGCCAUACUGUAAAGGUAUACGACUCGAAAGCGCCUCAUUACGGAUUCAAGGAGAUGUGGCGGGAUCUCUGGAAUCGUCGAGCCAGUUAGAAGUUUUUGUCCAUCCCUCUGUAUGUAGCAUUAUGUAGAUAUAGCCACUUGACUCGUGGCUCGUAGCUUUCUUUGACACAUGGUUCACGUGCACAACAUCGCAUUGUAUAGUUCCCCAGCCUAUACAAAUUCUCGAAAGGCACUUACACGUUUUCGCUCAACCCCGGAUUGUUUUCGGAACGUGCUGGAUGUGGAGGCUAGAUUCGGUAUAAGAAUCCCUAUUACAUCAGAACGGGCGAAUAAAAGCAAUCAAUUGGUAGAACCUUUGUCUUCCGGGCGAAUAAUCCAGAGCCCGUUAUUGUUUCAUAUUUACAUAUUUACAUACUCCCUUUAUCCGGACCAAAGGGAUUUCGAUGCUGCUCGGGCCGAGCUUGGUAUAGAUGUUUGGGUCCAAAUGGUACCAUUGAGUUAUUCGGAUGCCCAAGGAGCGAGGAAGAAGA